AUGGAUGAGUGUUUUAAUGCAUACGUUUUCGGCGAGAACGAGGACCUUAUAUCAGGAAGUAUGUUAGUUUUCGAUCCGGAGAAGCCCUUCCGUCCACUUUCUGCAUUUGGAUUAGAUUUUUUGAAUCACUUUGAGGGUACGACAGUCAAUUCACCAUUAUUGGAAACUCUGUCAAUAAUCGACGUUCCGAAUGUUAUGCAAAAGGAUUCAAUCGCAAUUGAUGGUCAUGUGGCUGAUAUCGAUCGCUAUGACUUGACACCAGCCUUUGAUUGGUUCUGCCAACAAGCUGAACGAAUUUUACUGUUCUUCGAUGCCAAUAUUAUAACGAUUUCCGACGCCAAUAGACAGUUGAUGGAAAAGUACCCACACAAGGUGGUGAUCGUCCUGGAUAACACGGACAUGAAUACACAAAAACUUAUCAGAGCUUAUGGGAUGCUAAUGUUUACUCUAGCCAAAAUGAUCAAAUCACCGAGUCAAGAAGCUAUUAGGGUUCAUGUGGGCCCUCUCAACAUUUAUCGAUUGCGUUAUCCAUUAAACGGAAAAUUAUUUCAGGCUGAACGGAAGGACUUUUUCAAAGAUUUGGAAAGCAUUCACAAAUGUGCUGCGAGCAGACAAUUAAGUAAACUGUUGGAACGAGCUCGUCUAGCCAAAAUUCAUGCAUUCAUUAUAAAUGAACUGUACGAUGAAAUGAAGUCAGUGUGGAGGAAGGAACGGAAGAAAAUGGAUCUCUGUAAAAAUUUGCAAACCAUUUACAAUAGAAUACAGUGCACGCAUAAUUUAUCGUCCGAUGACUUUCCCGAUUUAGGGAAAAUGCAAAUUUCAUUGCAAGAGUUUGACUUUAACAAAUUAAGUCCAUUGAAACCGGAACUGAUUGAGCUGUUCGAUGACAAAGUGGUCUAUAAUGUGAAUCAAUAUAUAAAUGCAUUUGUUGCCAGAAAGUGA